UCUACGUUGUCAGUACGUGGUGGGGGAGUCGUGCAGCGUGCAGCAUGUUGUAUCACCUGUUGCUGCAGACAGUAAAGACACAACAGUCAGCAGGUGUGUCACCCGGUCAGCCUCACCUCCUGCUGUACAACCUUAAUGACGAUAAACACGUGGAGGAGGCCAUCAACGACUUGUCACAGGCGGCGAUCGGAGGGUCGUUGUACGUCAUCGCUGAUGAAGUAAUGAGUGAGUUGAGUGUUGGCAACACAAUGAAGAACUUUCAGACUUUGUGUGACAAGCUGCUGACACAAGUUCCUCGUCUCCAUCUAUGGGCGGCAAGUUGUUACCAUGGAGACGCACCCACCGGCUGGCAAGUGGAAUAUUUAACCAGACCCCUCCGCUCUCCUCCGGCCGUCGUCAGGGAAGUCGAGCAGGACGAGAAGAUCACCAGACACCGUCAUGUAAAACCGUACAGUGAGCGAGGUGUUGCCGACCACACAGACGGCCCGCCAGUCACACGACUGUAUCACCGAGGUCAGGGUCACUCAGGUCGAUUUCCAGGUGACUGUGUGACAUGCGGUCUUGAUGUGGCCUGCUUCCUACUCAGUCUUCCUGUUGGUGUUACAGAGAGCAGCACAACAACAUCUACAACAUUGACCUCUACCAGCGGCACACCACCCUGUCUACAGUGGAGAGACGUGCUGGUGUUGUACUGGGAUGACGUUAGUGAUCACUCGUGUAUGGUCACUGGACUGCUAGAAGCGGGUAUCCCAGUGGGGAUGAUGACGGAUGAAGACAUCGAGGACGUGGCCACGGCCCGCAGUGACGUGGUGUGGGUGGCGGAUGGACGUCUUGUUUUUGGUCUAGAGAGAAAAGUCGUCGUGUGUGUGGACGACCCUGGUGACGAUUUGUUUAGAUAUAAGUUGUUAGAACGGUACAACCCUAGCUCUCCCCGACUUCACCUCAUGUCCCGCUGUACGUCACAACUUGUCAUUGUGUGCCCCUGAAGACUAGCCGCUAGAAGGUGACUGACACUGACACACCUGUCACCUGAUGUAGUCGUGUGUCAGUCCCUUCCAUCAACAAUUGUCUUUUAGUGUUUGUCCUCUUCUACUCUCAGUCUAUCACCGCGUCAUGACCAUAUGAUGUCAUAGACAUGACGUCAUUACAGUUUUUUACAUCGCGAGGUCCGUGUCUCUGUUUACACAACAACAAGCUUCAUCAAGGCGUGUGCGUGGUAGUGUGUCAACAUAUCCGUAGGUAUGUCAGUCUACCAGUAUGAUAUCUGUGUCAAUGUGUCAGUCUACAAGUGUGAUGUAUGUGUCAAUGUGUCAGUCUACCAGUGUGAUAUCUGUGUUAAUGUGUCUAUAUGUUGUACACGUGAUGUCAAAGGGCCUCACCAGACUGUAAUGUCAGUGCCGUGCACUAAAGUGUUUAGUCUGAUAUUGUUUACUGCCAGUGGUAAACAAAGGGGACAGAACUCUGAGCUAACUACAUACACGAGUGGUCCAUCAAAACCCACUUCACUGAGUAAAGAGAUUCAUUGAUGUAAACACAACAAACACUAGCGGCUCACUUAUACAACACGUGUUACAAGUUUAACUGUUUGACACAAACACAUUCACACGAUGUACAAAUGUUGUUUCACAUCCUUUAUAAAUGUCGCCACACGUUUCACAAUGAGUGUUUCAAUAAAGAUUGUUGUUGUUUGUUUAAAACAGGCACAAACUUAAGUGGUUAAACUAGUUGUAACAGUGACGUCAUCCACAGGCACCACGUGCGCACUGUUACAACAGUCAAACACCAGGCUGACAAUAUAAACAUACACCACACAGCAAAUAAACAAUAAAUACCAAUGACAGGAUACAAUACCUACACCACGAUCACAUGACACUGUUACAGUUUGCCAACAUCUUGUCACAACACACACUAU